ACAAAUAUAAUUACGUUUUUAAAAAUAAUUAGCUAUAUGGUCUUAAUACAAUCAUUAGUCCAAUGUGUCAGGAAUUCAGGGGGGGUUGGAGUUUGUUUGUUUUAGGGUGUGUGGGAGAGUGAUAUUUUCAGUGUUUACAUUGGGGAAGAUUAGCUCAUUGCUUGCAAAGACUUCCAAAGCUUAUUUUAGAGAUGUCAUGCCAAAAUGUCAGCAUUGCUACUACCAAAAAUCCUUUUAUAUCUUACUACACAAACACCUGCAUAGAAGGAGGAAUUAUUUAGUAGGUAUUGACAAGUUAGAUAUACAAUUAAACAAAAGUAUUUUAAGUUUUCAGCAGAUAAUCACUCUGACGAAUUGCUGAGUAUUAUGCACCUUUGCACUAUCAGAGAAUAUCCUAUGUUGGAGGGGACCUGCCAAGAUUAUCGAGUCCAACUCCUGGCUCCACACUAAGAUCUGACAGCUUGCUUAGUCCCAAAUGCAUCUGCUUGUGUUGGCGUAGAAUCAACGUUGUCAAACUUACUUUACAGCACACCCAGGUUUUGACCCAAUAUUUGCUGAGGUCAAUAUAAAAACUACUGCUAAGUUCAGCAUAGGUUGGCUCAGCUGCCUGUGUCAGGUGGCUGACCUAAAAGGAAUGGGGUUUGGUGUGUCACUAUAGAUUUCUUCUAAAACCUUCUGUUUUCUUGCCAAAAGUUUAUGUGGCAGGUGAGACUGUUUCAAAACAAAACAAAAACUAAGUGAUCCUGAUACCCCGUUGUUUUUUAGAAACCAAGAAAAUAAUCAGUUUAUCGAGGGUGGCACAGAGCAGAUGCAAUAAAAUAUUCAGCAGUUGCUGUUUGACAGACUUCUGUCAAGCUGUGUGUCUGUCACCAGCAAUAGAACAAUAGGUAGGCUCGCUUAUCUUCAUCAAGUGCCUCGAAAUCCUUUUCUGGAUAUGUGAUUAUAGAUUUAUAUUUGUAUUUUUCCCCCUCCUACAGGAAUUCAGCCCUCCGGCGUGCGGGUUGUUUGCUGAGUGGAGAGAUGAGGGCUCUCUAUUCCUGGUGUCACCGCUGUCUUGCAGCAGCAAGAGGAGCAGAUUUGUGCCGGGCUGAUCCUGCGCCGUGCCCAUGUGAUGUAUGCUCCCGUUGUAGGCAUGUUUCACGCUUCAACAGUAACGCUUUAGUCCUGCUUUGCAGACAUCCAGGAGGGCAGAUCUGCUAAUGUUAACGCUCAUCCCCGCCCCCUUCCUUUCAUAACUUGUGAUCGCAGAGCCAUAAAAGUAUGUGAGUCCCUCCCCCACUGCAGACCAAAUCCACCCGGCAUAUGACCCGCGCUCCAUGUCAGCCAGAGCAGGCAGCACCGACUUGCCAGGCCGGGGCGAGUAACCAGAGCCAUGACCUUAACCAAACAGAGCUUCCACAGGGCCCUUCCACCCUCUUCUGAGGUGGCCAUGACCGACCUGGACCACACCAGAGGGAAAGAGAAGGCUAUGCAGCAAUCCGUGACCAGGACCGGGAUGGUGGUACCGAAGAAGCGACCGACGGGAAGGCUGGUCAUGCACAGCAUGGCGAUGUUCGGCAGGGAGUUCUGCUAUGCUGUGGAGGCUGCCUUUGUCACGCCGGUGCUGCUCAGUGUAGGGCUGCCCAAGAGCCUCUACAGCCUGGUGUGGCUCAUCAGCCCGAUCCUGGGCUUCGUGCUGCAGCCCGUGGUAGGUUCAGCCAGUGAUCACUGCACCUGUAGCUGGGGCAGGAGGCGACCGUACAUUCUGGGUCUGGGCAUCAUAAUGCUGGUAGGCAUGGCUUUGUACCUCAAUGGGGACGAGAUGAUCUCAGCUUUCAUCGAUGGGAGAGACAAGCAGACGUGGGCGAUAGUUGUUACCAUGCUGGGAGUAGUGCUUUUUGAUUUUGCAGCUGACUUUAUUGAUGGCCCUAUCAAAGCAUAUUUAUUUGAUGUCUGCUCUCAUCAGGAUAAAGAGAAGGGUCUGCAUUGCCAUGCCCUCUUCACAGGCUUAGGAGGAGCCCUGGGUUACCUGACAGGUGCUGUGGAUUGGGGUCAAACCGUACUAGGAUAUUCCUUAACAUCGGAAUUCCAGGUGAUUUUCCUCUUGUCAGCCUUGGUUUUCCUAAUCUGCCUUACUGUACAUCUGCGCAGUAUUCCUGAAGUCCCGCUCAGAUAUAACAAAGAAGAGACAAGGUUAUUGUUGGAAGUGACUGACCCCAGGAAGUAUAGCUCCAUAGAGGAAAUCAGGAAUGGAUACAUAGCAUGUACUGAAAUAAAUGCUGCAGCAAAACCAAAGAAGCACGCUGCUACAUCAUGUACAGAGACUCAAAGGCGGAUGACCCUUAAGUCACUCUUGAAGACGCUUUUCAGCAUGCCAUCCCACUAUCGUUAUCUGUGUGUGAGCCACCUGUUUGGAUGGAUGGCUUUCCUGUCCAACAUGCUCUUCUUCACGGAUUUCAUGGGACAGGUUGUAUACCGAGGUAGUCCUUAUGCACCUCAUAACUCCACAGUUUACCUUACCUACAGAAGAGGCGUAGAGGUUGGAUGCUGGGGGCUGUGCAUCAAUGCAAUUUCAUCCUCAGUCUAUUCUUACCUGCAGAAAAUCCUUCUGCAAUACAUAGGAUUAAAGGGACUUUAUUUCAUUGGAUACCUACUUUUUGGAUUAGGUACUGGAUUAAUUGGCUUGUUUCCCAAUGUCUAUUCCACUCUGGCUCUGUGUUCCCUCUUUGGUGUCAUGUCCAGCACACUGUACACAGUGCCAUUCCAACUCAUUGCAGAGUAUCACAGAGAAGAAGAGGUCCAGAGUCUGCAGGAAGAUGAACAAGACACAGAUCACAGGCGAGGGAAGGGCAUUGACUGCGCCGCUCUUACCUGCAUGGUCCAGCUGGCCCAGAUCAUUCUUGGUGUGGGCCUGGGGCUCCUGGUUAGUGUAGCUGGCAGUGUGGUCACUGUGAUUUCUGCAUCGAUGGUGUCACUGAUCGGCUGCUGCUUUGUUGCUUUUUGUGUUCGAUAUGUGGGGUAGGACUGCGUGAAGCAAUUGGAAGAAAUUCCCCUAGGGGAAUGUUUUCUUUUUGGGUCAGUAGCACUGGUGUUCUUGCCAUGCUGAUGCUACUGGUACACCCUCCUCUCUUACCUGCUCGGAGCAGUUGCAAUUCCAGAGCAUCACUUAUCUGCAAAGUGAAGACCUGGUAAAACUGGUUGCCUCAAGCCUCAGAUUGAAAGUUUCUCUUUUUUGGGUGCUUUACUACUUCCUUCCUGCUGACCUCAGUGUAUUAACACACUGUAUUGUAUGUGAAGACAUGUCUGCCUGUGGUGUCUUGAUGCCCUGCUUGAGAAGCCAUGAAACUUACUAUCAGUUUGUGGAAGUAGAUGAAAUGUAUGAUAAAUUGAAGAAGUGAUAAAAAUGGACAGAGUUGGGAUUAAAGUUGUUAUUUAUCUUGUUUUAAAAGUAUCUUAAGUGUGGGGCUAUAUUCUUUGGUAGUCAAAAGCUGCAGGAGUAUCAAACAGGUGUCAUAAGCCAUGGUGCUAUUAUGUCAUGAUUAGCAGGAUCAUUAAAUGGUAUAUUAACCUCCUGGCUAUCACAAAAGGAGAUUUGGGUAUGGAAGGUGGUUGGAAUGUAAAAAACGUUGAAGCUUAUUGUUUAAAAGCAUAAUACUAAAGCAAUUAUUUUAUACUGGAUCCUGCUGCUUGUUUACAAAUGAAAUGAAAGUACUGGCUGGCUUUGCCAGUUUUGAAAGUUUGGCUAAGGCUGCUCUGCAAAUCCAUUUUUAGGCACCUAAACAAUCGAUCUACAGGAAACGUGCAAUUUUUUAAUUCUUAAAAGUCUGUCCUCUUGACUUUGAUACUAUAAUUGAAAAAAAUAAACUUGGUGAAAAUAAGAAUUGUAUUCAUGGUGGUAAGCCAGUCAAACCUUGGCAUUGGAAAUAACAGUAUUUACCUUAAUGUAGUAUCUGUUUUCUCUGUUUACCUGCAUAUGUCUAGCCUUGAGUGAAAUGUUUUUUGUUCUUUACAGAAUGCUCUAAGUCAAUUCAGUUCUGCAAAGGUUGUCAUGAAUUAUUGUACAUAUGUAACUCUAACCUCUACAGUCCAGUUAUUUGUGUUUAAUUGAGUAUGGAGUUUGAUUCCUAUUUUUAUUAUAUUGCCAGAGUUUCAAAGGCCCUUUGUUUGUGAAAGUGAUAUACUGUAUUUAUGCUAUGCUUCCUCUAUUCUGGAGAUUGUCAUUUGUUAUGUUACGUGCUAAGCACCAUGAAGCUAUCCACUAAUGCAAUAUUUUUAAUGAAUGGGGAUACAGAGAAAGACUGCUGCCAAGUAUGUUUUUAUAUACAUGUUGCACAUGAGCAGUCUUGACUGUUCAGCAAGCUAGCUGUUGAGCUCAUCAUCUCCUGGAGUAGCUCCACACAGUGUGAACUGACAUCAAUGCAUGCAAAUCAUUGGAUUUGAGCAUGAGAAGCCCCUGCACAGGUACACCAGCUUCAGGUUUGUUUUUAAGAGUGUGGCAAGUCAUUUAUUCUCAUGGGGAAAAAAUAAAUAAAAAAAUACCUUAUAUAAACCCAUUAAUUAUACCAAGCCUGUGAAAGCCUCAGCUGCCUUUUUGUGUCUGUCACCUCUGGAAGCCCCAAAUGGGGCUCAGUUCAUGGCAGACUGUACCUUUCUCCACAGCUCCUUCAUCCUGCCUUGUGAAAAAUACAAGUGUUAUGGUUUCUUCUAUUUUGUGACUCUUCAUUAAUCCUUCUCCUGUUAUACUCAAGAAAGAGAAGAGCUUGUAAGAAUUAACACCCUGGACUGUGCUUGAAACACUUUGUAGGUGCUGGGAUGGCUGGAGCACAAGGGCCUCACCCAGGACAAAGAGGAGAAGGCCAAAAAAUGAAGGAUCAGUUCGCUUAUUGCCAUCAUUAACUUGCAUUGAUGCAGCAUCUUGCAGGAGGAGGAAUUUUGAAGGGAAGAGCAAGACUUCUGUGGAGCCAUAAAAAUAAGGAAAGGGGGAGGCUAUUUACUUUUGUAGGACGAGAAGACUCAAAGCACCAUGUAGACCUGUGCUUCAGGAGCUGAGAAUGGGUUAACUACAUAAAGCUCUAAUUCCAGUGUGAGGAUGGGAAAGGAAAUUUGCAACAUUUACUUCUUUUUUUUUUUUUUUUGGUAACAUUUUCUUUGAGGUUUAAUACCAUCAAAACAUUAAAAUUUGAACAGUCAGUGCUAUCUCUGCUCUCUCACACAAAGGGAAAGCUGGCAUUGAUUCAGGCCAACGGAGUGACGGUAGGUCUGUAGCAACAUAAGAAUUGUGAACCUGAAAAGAGAAGGGAGAUGUGACUAUCUUAAACAUCAAAGCUUUUAUUUACAAGUCUGUUCAGAGAAAAAUGUUUCAGGCACUCACAUCAUCUUUCUCAUUAUCUUUCCUUUUUUCAGAUGAGUUGUGUGCUACAGAGCACACAACAGAAUAGAUUCAGCUUUUCUUUGACAGUCGUCCCAUAAAAACAUCCUAUAUUUGCUUCUAAUGCUUAAAAGUAAUGUCCAACUUAAUGUGUCUUUGUCACAAGCAAGCAAAAAAAUAAGUACAAUUUGGAAAAUUAUUUAAAACAGAAGUAUGGUUGUGCUUAUUCUGAAGCAAAAAAAUAUAUAUUUCAGGUGUCUCUGGAAACAGUCAAAAAUGUUGAUUCAUGACAAGAGAGAAAAAAAAGUAUUUUUUUCAGUUACUGAGUUACAUUACAGGCACUGAAGAAGCACAUUAGUGCUACUAAUUUAAGAAGUUCCACCUUUUCUGUCUUUCUACAUUAGUUCAGGACUUCAUUUGAGUUAUCAGUAUGAUCAGUUUCUAUAUUUAAUAUCAGUUUCUAUUGCAAUUAUGUGAGUUUGAAAGUUAGAAGGACCCUGGGUCUGAUCUUUCUCAUCUAAUUUUGCUUCCAUAUACAUAAAAUCAAAUAAAUAUCUAUGUUGUGUCUCGGCAAACGAUAUAUCUAGAUGAAGACGCAGAUAUUUUGCAAUAACCAGCCUUCCAGCUCUCCCACUUUAACAGAGCUAGUCAUGGCAGAAUGAAAGGAGGCAGGAAACAAACCUGCUGCCUUAUCUUCCUGACGCUUUCCUUUUUCUUUCUCUGACAAGUGCCUGUCAUUUCCUUCCAUUUAAUAAACUGGCCUGUCAUGUAAGUAAAAUGUUUUAAGAAGCUUUGAUUCUCUUGUUUAGAGUACUUGCAGUAUUAGUAAUGUCACAGAUGCUCCCACACGCGCACAAUUUUCAUUCUUUCUCGCGAUUUCAAAAGAUUUCUUUGACUUCCAAACAAGCAAAAAAGGUGGUUUGUGGGAGACACUUUUCUUCAAAAUAAAUUAGGUAUCUCAGGAUGAAUCACAAAAGCCUUUGCCUUGGUACAACUCAGUUUUAGCAUUGGUGCCUGCAAAUCACCAGUCCCUGCAAUGUGCCAAAAGACAGGGAGAUGGUGAUGUAAAUAGGAGAUGUGUUGAUGCUGACAUUUGAUAUUUUUGGACUGUAACUGAGUUGCUUCAUGAAGGAAAAGGGUGGAGGUAUCUGCAGUAAAAUGUUUUCACAUUAUUUUUGACAUGAUAAAGCUGUACAAAAAUUACCUACAAAACAGAGCUUUUCCAUUUAAGUCUCCAGCAUUCAUUUCUCAUUCCCUAGCUGCUCUACUUUGUUUAUUUAAACAGCAAAUGUUUGGGACCAGUUGUGCAAAACUAAACUCUGAUAAAGGUUUCUUAAUUCUGUUGCCUUCUAUGCUGUAUUCAAUUUCAUACAUGCUUGUUUGGUUUACUCAUGUUGUAUUAAUUUGUUGUAUCACCUGAAGUAUUUCUGCUUGAAAAUGAACUUACCUCUCCAUGUAUUACUAUUUUACCUGUGUAUUAAAAGUAACGGCUUCAUAUCAUGCA